CUGACCGUGAAUGGGGGUCAGCAUGUUGAGGUCCGGCCUUUUUCGCCCAGGGAUGCGGCGGAGUUGGGCCUUGAGCCGGCAGGCUUCCGAGGCUCGGUUCCCCGGGAAGCGGUGGCUGGUGGCUGGCCUGGGGAACCACGGAAUGCCCGGCACCCGGCACAGUGUGGGCAUGGCGGUGCUGGGGCAAAUAGCACAGCGACUGGGAGUGGCAGAGAAUUGGGCUCGUGACUCGCGCUGCGCUGCUGACCUCGCCCUGGCCCGGCUUGGGGAUGCUCAGCUGGUCCUGCUCAGACCACGGCGGCUCAUGAACGUCAAUGGGCGCAGCGUAGCCCAAGCUGCGGAGCUGUUUGGGCUGACUGCGGAAGAGAUCUAUCUGGUGCAUGAUGAACUGGACAAGCCCUUGGGAAAACUGGCUCUGAAGCUGGGGGGCAGUGCAAGGGGCCAUAAUGGAGUCCGUUCCUGUAUUAGCUGUCUGAACUCCAAUGCAAUGCCAAGGCUGCUGGUGGGCAUCGGGCGCCCCACACACCCUAGUAUGGUGGAGACCCAUGUGCUGGGCUGCUUCUCCCCGGAGGAGCAGGAGCUCCUGUCCCCAUUGAUGGGUCAGGCCACUGACCUGCUCCUGGACCACAUCCGUGCUCGAAGCCAGGGACCACUGUCGGGCCUCUAAUACCCGUGGAGAGAUCUACCUGUUUGACUGCCCACCGGUACCCUGAAGCCCAGACGGGGCCACAGAACUGCACUGACACAUGCGGUACCCAAUGUUUAUGUAACUUCUCUGGGUUUCCCCAGGCCACUUGCAGAUUCAAGGAGGGACCGUGGCCACACCAGUCUGUUUCCGCGGCCACUCGGCCUCCCCGUACUCUAUUUGCGGUGUAGGAAAGGUCUAGGAAGGGCAAACUUUUUGAACCUUUUGAGAGCUCCAGAUGAGUAGAUCUGCAAGAUUAAAAGAUACUGACUUGAAAUCGGAAGCUUCCUGUGGGGGCUGGGGGCCAGUGGGGCAGAGACAAAAGGGUCUGGCCAACCCUCUCCUAAGGGAUCAUGGGUAUUAUGGUUCAGCCUUUUCCCAUCAGGCUAUUUUAUAGGUGGGGAGGAUCAAAGAGAUUCCACCGUAUCCCUGAGGCCACCCAACUGCCGCCUGACAGAACCAGGGACAGCUGUUAGCUUGCUGCGCCUAGGGUCCCUGGCACCCCUACCUCAUUCGUGUUGUGUAACUGGCAGAUCCCCAUUCGGGUGACAUAGGAGAGAGGCCUGAGAUCCUGGGGUUUGGGUGGGAUGCGGACCCGACGUCGAGGCACCAGCCCAAGGUCCCCCGGUUGGUAGGUUGUGAUGGUCGAGAGCUGUUGCAGCAGAGAAGCACCCCCUUUCUUGGAUGUCUGGGUGAUGAGUCGGCUGUGGAGAGGGACCCCACGGUCAUCCCCCUCCAUCCCCACGAGAGGAGGACGAGGCUCAGACAAAUAUUGGAGGGCUAUCUGCUCACCUCUCUUUGGGUGGGCCCGGGGGCUGCUUGUCCUGGUGGGAAGCCCUGUCCGGCUGUGUUUUCAAAAUCACGCCCGAGCUGAGCAGGACCAGCAGCUGCUGCAGCAGCUCCUUACGCUGCAGCUGGAACACCACGUCAAAGUCGCCAUCCUCCGUCUCUGCUCGCAUCUGUUGGUGUGACGUGAGGUGGGGUUAAGUCACCACAGGGGCCCGCCCCCAUCCAGGUUCUCCAGGGCCACUGCCUGAUUCCGCAGUGCCAAGUUAUCAGGCUAGGACGACUGAGGCUUGGAGCUCUCCAGAGCCCUGUCUUUGGAGGUUUGAAAGGAAUCUUCUCUCUCCUGUUCUUCUGCCUGCCACUGCCUCCUAGGGAUUAAAGGUGUGCACUGUCACACACUUUUUAUUUUGUAAGACACUUGAAUGCCCAGGCUGGCCUUGAACUCAUUCUGUAGCUCCAGUCAGGUCUUGAAUUUGGAAUCCUCCUGCUUCCGCCUCCCCAGUCCCUGCUGUGAUUAGACCCAAUUCGUUUAGAUCCAGAAUGAGAAAGGGAGUCUGGCCAUAAGCCUCUCCGGAAAGAGGCCCUCUGCUCUUUGCCCCAGUGGCCUCUUGGUAUCUCCCGCUGAUUGCUAACCUGCACAAUGUCCUGUAGUAGGGAGGUGGCCUGGGUCAGGAUGGUUUUAAGGUUUGCCCGGAUUUUCUGUUCCUUGGUCAGCUCCUCCUGCAGCCGACUUGCCUCUGCCCGCUGCUCCUUCAGCUGCUCUUCCAGCUCCUCUUUCUCGGUCCUGGUUGGGGACAAGACUGCUCGCAGGUGGCUCCAAUUCGCGCUCGGCCAGGCACCGCCUCCAGGCUUCACCUUGUCUGAGAGUCCACGCCCUAGUGGUCUCCACCGCCCCCUGCCCCCCAGCUCAGACUCGCCUCAGGGUCUCGUUGUCCUUCUCCAGAUUCUGGAAGUUCUGCUGCAGUUGGGCCAGCAGGGGGCGCAGCUGCGCUGCCUCCUCUGUCCCCUUCCUCUGUUGGCGGCACUUCUCAGUCAGCAUGAGGAUAAUCUGCGGCGGUGGGCGGGGGUCACAGGCUCCUUGUGGGACCCCGCCCACCCCAACUCCGUUUUGAAGAUACAACUUAGGACUUGCUCCCACGUACGGGCAGGCCAGCGCCGCCUCUGGACACAGCUAGGCCGGAGGUGGGCUCCACUCAGUUAUGGGGCAAGCAGACUCCAGAGCUAGGGCCAGCACCCUGGUGAGGAAAGCCUGGGACCUCGCUGCAGACUGUCGCCACCCUUGACUUGGUUCUGGCAUAGGUCCCCUCGUUUCACACGAGGAGGGCAUGGUGGUCAUACCUUCUGAUGCCCUAUGUUCUUUCUGGCCAUGAUCUCUUGGGAGUUCUCCAGUAUCUCCAGCUGCUGGCACAGCUUGUCCUUUGUGCCCUUGAGCUGCUCGUUCUCCUGCAGCAGCUGCACGCCUUGCUGGGACACCUUGGUCAGCUGCAGAGUCACGUUGUUGUUCUCCAGGAUGGCCCUCCUGGUCGUCUCCCACAUCUGGUUGGUGGCCACCUUUCGGAACUCGGUGGCCACCAGGUUUACACGCUGGAUGAUCUCUUUCCUCAGUCUUGCCAGGAGGGUGGGGUUGGGAGUCAAAUAGAUGGGUAUAAGUCUUGGUACCCCCCAUUUUUUGGGGGUGUGUGGUGUCCUAGACAUUU